AUACACUUAUAUUUCUCACACAUAGAAAUUAGAACAUGUCAAUUCAAAUAGGCUCGUCGAUCCCAUUAAUGGUCGAGAAGAAGCUCACCGAAAUUGUGAAACCCUCAAAACAUAUUCCUCAACAAACUCUUUCCCUUUCAUCACUUGACAAUGAUCCUUACAACGAAGUUAUUUACAAGGCAUGUUAUGUUUUCAAAGCCAAGAACGUUGUUGAUGAUGAUAACCGGCCUGAACUUUUGCUUAGGGAGGCUUUGUCCGAUCUUCUUGUGUAUUACUAUCCGCUUUCGGGGAGUUUGAAGCGGCAGGAGAGUGACCGGAAGCUUCAACUGAGUUGUGGCGACGAUGGAGGCGGUGUGCCGUUCACGGUAGCUACUGCAAAUGUAAAGCUCUCUUCUUUGAAGAAUCUAGAGAAUGUUGACUCAGAUACGGCCUUGAAGUUCUUGCCUGAGCUUCACGUGGAUACUGAUGGUUAUCGACCUUUUGCUUUGCAGGUAACCAAAUUUGAAUGUGGAGGAUUUAUCUUAGGGAUGGCAAUGUCACAUGCAAUGUGCGAUGGAUAUGGAGAAGGUCAUAUUAUGUGUGCCUUGACGGAGUUGGUUGGCGGGGAAAAGAAGCCGAUGGUGACGCCGGUUUGGGAAAGAGAAAGACUUGUGGGGAAGCCUGAAGAUGAUCAACCUCCACUUGUUCCCGGCGACGACACGGCUGCUUCGCCCUACUUACCAACGGAUGAUUGGGUAACUGAAAAAAUAAAUAUUAGAGCAGAUAGCAUAAGAAGAUUGAAAGAAGCUACAUUGAAAGAGUACGACUUCUCUAAUGAGACAAUCACUACUUUCGAAGUUAUAGGAGCUUAUUUGUGGAAGUCUCGAGUUAAAGCUCUUAAUUUGGAUCGAGAUGGAGUCACUGUUUUGGGCUUAUCAGUAGGAAUCCGCAACGUUGUGGAUCCCCCUUUGCCCGAUGGGUACUACGGUAAUGCAUACAUUGAUAUGUAUGUGCCAUUAACCGCAAGAGAAGUGGAAGAAUUUACGAUCUCAGAUAUCGUAAAGCUCAUAAAAGAAGCAAAGAGGAAGGGUCACGAUAAAGAUUAUCUCCAAGAAGAGCUUGCAAACACUGAAAAAAUCAUUAAGAUGAAUUUAAAGAUCAAAGGAAAAAAAGAUGGGUUGUUUUGUUUGACGGAUUGGAGGAAUAUCGGGAUCUUUGGAUCGAUGGAUUUCGGGUGGAAUGAGCCGGUGAAUAUCGUCCCGGUGGUUCCAUCGGAGACAGCUAGGACGGUUAAUAUGUUCAUGCGACCAUCUAGGUUGGAACCGGAUAUGGUCGGAGGGGUUCAGAUUGUGGUUACAUUGCCAAGAAUUGCAAUGGUUAAGUUCAAGGAAGAGAUGAAAGCUUUGCACUCAAUUGAAUCAUUCAUGAUUAAGAGAUUUCUUUCUAUCUUGUUGGAAACAGGAAGAGAUUUCACCUUAGGGUUAUUUGAUUCUCAGAUGUUUCCACAGAAGAGGAAGACCUUGAGGAAUCAACCGCGGAAUCGUCCACCUCCGCCGAAUCCACGCCCUGAACCUUUCCCUCCUCCUCUCCAACAGUCUAAGAAAAUUGCACGGGGUCCAUUGUUUGCGUGGUGGGACAUUGAGAACGUGCCUAUUCCAAGAUGGCUGAACACUGAAGACGUUCUCCACACCUUGCAUGCUACUUUUCUCAGGCUUGGAUAUCAACGGGCAGCGGAAAUGGAAAUAUCCGUGGUAGUUGAAUCAUCAACUUCGGAUAAAUUCCCCAAGAAAACACGGGCCAAGUGGGCCAUUCUUGCCAACCCGGAUUCUGGCAUUAAAUACACAGAUUGCAUGGAGAAUCCGAGUCCGGGGAGAGUGUACCGAAAAGAUGAAAAGGACAUAGCUGAUGAGGAAAUCGUAGCCCAAUUAGCAUCGUGGAUUCCGCAUCAGAAUAUGGGUACUACCGCUGUGUUGAUCUCGGGUGACUUUAAAGUUUUGAAUGAGUGUAGAGCUCUUAGGAAAAACAACAUCAAUGUGAUAGUAGUUGUACGGAGCAAAGCAGGUCUGAAGAUAGGGGUGCUUGAGGAACUUGUAGAUUUAAGGGGUAACCAUCAUCAGCGAUUGGGAAUGGUUUCCGAUGUAUCCAGAUUACUGUACACCAUUCACUGCUUCGGAGAAGCCAAGAACCGAAGAUGGAGAUGGAGAUGGAGCAGCCUCUACGAUGAAGCCAGUUCAACUUAUCUGCUAAUCUACUUAGCUAUUAUCUAUUAUGUAGUUGGAACUCCUAAUUAUUCAAGAUUAAAAUUCGUCAAGUCUCUGAGAACUUCCAUUGAUUACGAGCAAGAAGAAGUAUCGAAAGAAGAACUCGUAGUACCCAGUAACGUAACCCGUCGUCUUCCUAUCAUAAUCAAAAAGUCUGGCAAAGUUUCGAGGUACUUCAUCAAAGGAGAUUCCUUGGAGUUGCUAUGUGUUGAUGAAGAAGAAGAUGGUGAUGAUGAUUCGACGUCGUUUUGCCUUGGCCUCGACGAUGGUUUCUGGAAAUUGAUAAGACUUUCAUCUUCAGCUGCAAAAGACUUCUUUUUACCGAAACAAGUCAGUGACAAUUACAUAAGCUAUGUCAAAUGGAAGUUUUUGCACAGAGUUUUCAGCUCUGCUUUACAAGUUCUUGCCACUCAGGCGAUGUUUAGAGCGAUAGGAAUUGGACAAUCUCGGUCACUUGCUUCAUCUGCUGCUUUUAAUUGGAUUUUGAAAGAUGGACUUGGAAGAUUAAGUAGAUGUAUAUACACUGCUAGUCUUGCUUCUGCUUUUGACACUAAUUUGAAGAGAGUUAGGUUUUCGACGUCUGUACUCUUCAGUCUAAGCAUUGGAGUUGAGUUAAUGACUCCAGUAUUCCCACAGUACUUCCUUUUGCUAGCUUCCAUCGCUAACAUCGCUAAACAGAUUAGUCUGUCGUGCUACUUAGCAACCGGUUCAGCUGUACAUCGAAGCUUUGCUGUAGCGGAUAACCUCGGUGAAGUCUCUGCAAAGGCACAGAUUCAAACUGUGUGUUUUGAUAAUCUUGGUCUCUUACUGGCGGUGCUUCUAAAUAUGCUAUUCCAAAACAACCAAAGACUGCAGGCAAGUCUACCUUUUGUUCUAUAUCCGAUUUUCUCCAUGUUUGAUCUCCUUGGCAUUUAUCAAGGGCUCAAGCAUAUCAAUCUGCAAACUUUAACCAAGGAUAGGCUUGAAAUAAUACUGGAAAGAUGGAUUGAAUUCAGGCAAGUACCUUCCCCUGCCGAAGUGAGUGAAGAGGAAGGAAUUGACCUUUUAGGGAGCAGAGGUAGCAAAAGGGUUUGGCCCAUUAGAAUCGGAUGCUUAGAUCCUAAGGCUCAGAUUCCUACACUAUCGAUGUUGGCGAUGCAAUCACUGUGCAAUGAUGAUAGUUUCUUCAUAACCAUUGAACUUUCCUCUCAAGGUUUCAGAAGAACACCAAAACCAGGCAUCGUUAUUUGUCUGCGUGAAGGAGCCAAUAGUGUAGACAUUAUCAUGAGUUUGUUGCAGACAUGUUACAUACGUAAAGCCUUUGGAACCAAUCGAAUCAAGAGAAGCGACGUAUCAUUCUCAGACUUGACGCUACAAGAUUGGUCCUUACUCACAGGGGAGAGUAAGCGAGCUGCACGAGAUGAUGUUAUCACACUGAACAGGCAAAUGCAAGAACAAGGAUGGAUUGUGAAGAAUGUCUUGUUGAGUGCAGAAGAGCAAGUUAGAUAUACUUUCGACAAAACCCAAUUGUAACAUAAAAGAGAAUGAUAAGU